AGCCCCAAUCUGGUGGGACAUUCUCCAAAUACCGUGGUCAGUCCAAAUUGUUUAUUGAUUGGCUGGCGGGCAAAGGACGUUGCUUGGCAGCUUCCCUUCUCAGAUUUCCCAGCGUAGCAAAAAGUCGAGCUCCUCGACGACUUGACGAAGGCCACUGCAUUGUAUCUCCAAUAGUCACGAGAGCGUGAGCCAGCUUCCAUUGAAUCCUCCCCCUUCACCUCCUACCAUUACACUCGGCACCAUUGUCUGACGGGAGGUAGACAGAGUCAAAACAAGUCAAAACCCUCAGCCGCGAUCUUUUGAGUCUUGAAAUCAUGGCGCUGGUAGAGGAGAAAUCAUCAUCAUCUCCGCUGGCCUUUCUGACCGACAAUGCCAUAUCUGCGGCCAUCUCAGACACUUAUGCGAACCUACAAGAGCGAAGAACACUGCUGGGACUUGAGAACCCCGGGACGGUUGACAACAUAGCGCGGGAAGUCCAGAAAGAUGUCCUUCUAUCUAAUUUCAUGUUCUCCGGCUUGCGAUGCGACCUGCAAAAGAUCUUCAGCGUGUCCCCUUUGUUCCGGCUACAGCAUGGACUGGCAAUGGGAUCACAACAACUGCCGCCGUGGCAGUUGAUGGCGCUGUAUGGGACAUCCAAUGUCUUUAUGCAAGCUGCCUACUCUAGCGACAAGUCACUGACGGCGUGGGGAAAUCUGAGAUGGACUCCUCGCUUCGUCACCAAGACCCAGACUUCAAUCGACCCCCGACAGACGCAAGCCAUGGUGCAGAUUGAAAACGAGUACACUGGUCAAGAUUUUUCGGCGUCGCUCAAGGCGAUCAGCCCUUCGAUCCUCGAGGGGGGUUUGACUGGCAUUGUCAUUGGAAGUUACUUGCAGUCGGUGACACCGAAGCUGUCGUUGGGUCUCGAGGGCGUCUGGCAAAGAGCCGCGCUCAAUGCGAAACCUGAGACGGCGAUGUCCUACUGCGCCAGAUACAAGGGGACCGACUGGAUUGGCAGCGCUCAAUACCUCGCGCAAGGUUCCGUAGGAGCUUCGUACUGGCGCAAGCUGAGCGACAAAGUUGAGGCCGGCGUUGACUGCCAACUGCAAUUCGCUCCUGGUAUGGGUGGCGCCGGUAUGUUUGGCGGCAUUCGCCGUGAAGGAACCACGACCGUGGGUGUCAAGUACAACUUCGCCACCUCGGUUUACCGUGCGCAGGUGGACAGCGCAGGAAAGUUGGGAGUCGUUCUCGAAAAGCGGGUUGCACCACCGGUCACGCUGACCUUCGCGGCCGAGAUCGAUCAGGUGAAGAACACCCACAAGCUCGGCCUGGCAGUCUCUCUCGAAGGAGCGCCUGAAGAACUGCAAGAGAUCGCCGAACGAGCCGACUCUCAAAACCAGCUUCCACCCCCGAUCUAAGUGGCGGCGCCUCGCAAGAUUCUGCCUUAAUUCCCUUGGUGAUACUCCUGCUGCUAAGGCUGAGUGACUAGAUGCGUUCUCUGGCAGCAGCUGGCCCGGGAUGCCUUUUCCUCCGGACAUGCUUUCAACAUAUUUGUUUUACUAGCCUCUUCACUCCUGAGCAAGGACCCCUUGUUUGAAAAGCGCUGGCUGGGAAAUUCAUGCACGCGGUCGUAUCAAUACAGUGGGCUCUUCUGCAGGCGUUUUUACUUGUUGCGAAUGUCUUUUUGGCAUACCUCGCCACAGCACGAGAGAACAAAAGGGAUCCGAUCGAGCUGGGUUAUUCAAUCAGCUAUGGAGAAGUAUUGGCUGCGCCUACUACUAUGCUGCCCAUACUAUAAUGGAAGCUCUGGCAGCGCCUGGUCAAUUGAGCCGUGUCCGGAUGAAUUCGGCUGCCGAAUCUGACAGAACAGCCCUGCACAAUAGAAGGCUUGUACCACCAACACACGCAAUGCUCUUGUUUGUGGAGCAGUUUCUUCUUAGCCAAUUCUGUUGCUAUCUUGUCAUCAAGUAUUAAAUCACGUACCUACCUAUAUCCCCAUUAUGCAGUGCCUGUUCCAGGGAAGUAAUAUGCAGUGGUAUCUUUACGGUGAACAUCACUGACUGUGUCCAUGUUGUCGCUAGAAUCCGGGCCCUGGCGGUAGCGAGCCUCUCAGGCAUGAUAUUAAUGGACAGGUCACGGCGAGAAGAAAAGGCUGCUGACCGAAGUCCUUACCCCUUGCCACUCCACGAACGUAGACUGUACUUCAGGCAAAAUGCGUUCGCCAGUGCGAAGUGGCCUCGAGGGCAUGCGGUGACGCCUUGGAGGGCCGCUCAGCAGGGCGACAGACAUAGAUUUGGUACUGGAGGUAGUCCACCGUGCAGGGAGCGAGGUCGAGCACAUGCAUGGGCAUUGCAUGGUCGAUUCACCCAUUAUUGCUAGCUCAACAGGCCGCAUUCGUGCUUCUGCAGGGAUAAGGCAAAGAUUGUGUCUCCUGGCCGCAGCGACUUGCUUACCUGACGGACGCCUUGUUCCAGCUCAGCCUUUUCUGCAGCAGGUUAGAGCGGCCGAGGAGAUCAAAAAAAUGGGGAGGAUGGCGCGUGUGGCUUGAAGGUCGCUGAUGGCAGGUGACUUCAACGACUUGAUUCAAGAAUGCGGCUGACAGCUCGCCAAAACGGUUGGGAGUCGACAGCCUCGUCCACCGAAAGGAACGGUGGUUGAUAGUCCAGAUGAGCCACACGAAGACUCGGAUUCGUCACUCACAUCCGCAAUGGUUCGACCAACCGAUGCAAAAAGCGCUCAUCAUCCAUCACUUGGGGCCAAAAGGUCUAACAUGCAACGACAGGCACAGCGAUGCACUUGAUAGGUAGGAUGGUUGAAGGUGAGGCGAGACCCCUGUGGCCUAAAAUCGAUCCUAGCUGAGUCGCACCGCAUGCUUUUUCAUGCUCUGUAGCCAGGGGCUGCAGUCUUGCAGAUAUAGUGCUCCACAGGGCGCAUUGCCCGCAGCAGUGCACCGAGAGUGACAAGCAGCUGCAAUAUUAAUGCGCUGGGAUAUGCACAAUUGUCAGUAUCAUAUGACAAUAUCUUGAUUAUGCCUCCUGCAGUGGUGCCUACAUCCUCAUCUGUUCCUUCGUCGAUGCUUUUAGGGGUAGAAAUCUCGGGUUGGUGUGUUUGUUGACUGAAUUCAACUGUCAACAAGAAUAGCCUAGAUGGAUCAAGCGAUCGACAGGCUAGAUCACCUGUGCAACAUGCAAUUAAACUAGAGUACCG